UAUACGUAAUAAUAAUCUAAAUUAUCAUAUCAUUCAUUCAUGUAAUACAAUGAAGGCAGACAAAAGAGCACUGUUAAAGAGAAAGGCUUGUGUUUUGAAGAAGACAAUGGAGCUUUCCAUUCUCUGCGAUAUCAAAGCCUGCGCCAUUAUCGUUGAUGCCGACGGAACUGUAGAAUCUUGGCCGAAAUAUCCCACUGAUCUCAACCCAAUUCUUGAUCGGUACAAACAAUAUUCUCUGAAAAAGCAAAAGAAGAACAACGAUGUUGUUGUUGAUGUUGAGAAUACCAAGGGAAAAGAAAAUGUUUUGUUGGCAUUGGACUCAAAAAUUGAGGCUGUAAAGAGAAGAAUUGAGUUCUUGAAUGGGAAAUCAAUUACCGCUAUGAAUUCUGAUGGUGAUGGAGAAAGAGAAGAAUUUGCUGAAAUAUUGAGCGAUAUUAUAGGAGGUGGUAGCAACUCUGUUAAUGCUCAAGAAUUUGGUCCAACUGAAAUACAGCCAUGCGCUUACUGGGAUGGAGAGAUUGGGUUUUCUACUGCUAAUUAUGAUCAACAACUUGAACUUGAUCCAAUUGAACAGCCUUGCUCCAAUGGACAUUAUGGGCUAUCUGGGAACAAAAAUAAUACUGCUGAUGUUGAUUUUGAAUUUGAUUUAUUGAUGCAAGAUGAAUACCAGUUCCAUAUCUUCUCACUGUUGGCCCCGGAACAUGGGCAAAUUACCUUUUGCUAAUUCUUAUGAUUUUUUUUUUAUUUUUUGUGAAAAAAUAGGCAAUUAACGUUGAUAUAGCUUUGGCAACAGAGCAUGGACGUACUAGAUUUGCUAAUUCUUGUGAUGUUUUCUGAAUUUUUUGGUCAAUAAUGUAUUGACAAUUCGUUACGAGUUCAAUAAGAUUUGUUAUGAUUUUGCUCUUUUGUGUAUUGCAUUAUGCUAGACUAGAUAGUGCAAAGUGCAUGAAACAGGGAAAUUAACUA